UGGGAAGCCAACUGCACUGAACAGCAGCAGCAUCCCCCCCCCCUCCGGAUCAAAUAGCCCAAGCCACCAAUAGCACACAGCAAAAGAGGAGAAAGUGACCACCACUCCACAGUGACAGUCAGGACGGCACCUUCAUACCACGCCAAGCGCAAGCCAGCCAAGAUUUGAGCCGGGAUUAAACUGAACAACUAAAAGAAGACUUGUUGUUGUUGUUAUUUUUUUCGUGGGAAGGAGAAGAUGGAUCUGCGUCCCUUUCCCCAACCCCACUCUCGCCAGCUCCCAUGGGAUAGAAGGGUUUGACAUUAAAUUCGCUUCUAUUGGAUGUUCCUGGGCAUUAGUUUUUCUGUUUACUUUUAGGAACUACAUUUAUAUAUUUGCCUCCAGAGGAGUAGGGGGGAAAGUUGGAUAUUCUUCUUCUUCUUUUUCCGCCCCCUGUUUGAUUCCAAAGAUUUCUGCCCUUGUGGUUAAAAUGGAGCGGUGGAUUCUCGACCCGAGGGCCGGCACAGCCCAAGUCUUGUGGGAAAAGAAGGAAGACUUCAGGAGGAUCCCUACUUUCUCGGGACUUGCAGGAAGGUUUUGGGAUUUGGUGGGAUCCAUGCAGUGAGAGAUCAAGCUUUGCAGAUCGAGCUGCACAAGAGGAAAUCUGUCAACAAGGGAAAGAACCUCCACUUAGAUCUAUCUGUCUGCAGCACUUCAGAAUCUUAAGAGCUCCUUCCUCUCUUCCAUAGGGUCAAGACUGGGAGGGAGCCGAGGGCAACGCCCCCCAAAGAGUCCAGAGACCCUUCUGCCCCACUGCUGCUCAACUCAGGGAUGAGUGCAGGUAGAGUGAACCCUUACAGCAUUGUAUCUUCUGAGGAAGACGGGUUGACUUUAACCACCAUGUCGGGAGUAAAUGGCUUUGGCAACGGUAAGAUCCACACAAGGAGGAAAUGCCGGAACCGGUUCGUUAAGAAGAACGGACAAUGCAAUGUUGAGUUUACCAACAUGGAUGACAAACCACAGAGGUACAUUGCGGACAUGUUCACUACGUGUGUGGACAUCCGCUGGAGAUAUAUGCUGCUCCUCUUCUCACUUGCCUUUCUGGUGUCUUGGUUGUUGUUUGGUCUUAUUUUUUGGCUCAUAGCGCUUUUCCACGGAGAUAUCGAGAAGCCGGUCAAGGACGAAACGUUCACCCCUUGCCUCCUGCAAGUGAAUGGCUUUGUGGCCGCUUUCCUGUUCUCCAUUGAGACACAGACCACGAUAGGCUACGGGUUCCGGUGCGUGACAGAGGAGUGCCCACUCGCUGUUUUCAUGGUGGUCCUCCAGUCCAUUGUGGGGUGCAUCAUUGACUCUUUCAUGAUUGGCGCCAUCAUGGCAAAAAUGGCUAGGCCCAAGAAGAGGGCCGAAACCUUGCUCUUCAGCCACCAUGCGGUCAUAGCCAUGAGGGACGGCAAGCUUUGCCUGAUGUGGAGAGUGGGGAACCUGCGGAAAAGCCACAUUGUUGAGGCUCAUGUCAGAGCUCAGCUAAUAAAGUCCAGGAUCACCGAAGAGGGGGAAUACAUCCCACUUGACCAAAUAGAUAUUGACGUUGGGUUCGACAAAGGCUUGGACCGCAUUUUCUUAGUGUCCCCGCUCACCAUCCUCCACGAGAUCAAUGAAGAGAGCCCUCUGUUUGGGAUUAGCCGGCAGGAUCUGGAAACGGACGACUUUGAAAUCGUGGUUAUCCUUGAGGGCAUGGUGGAAGCUACCGCCAUGACAACGCAAGCCCGGAGCUCCUACUUGUCCAGCGAGAUCUUGUGGGGCCACCGCUUUGAGCCCGUCUUGUUUGAGGAGAAAUGCCAGUACAAAGUUGACUUCUCGCACUUCCACAAGACGUAUGAGGUCCCGUCGACCCCAUGCUGCAGUGCCAAGGACCUGAUGGAAAACAAAUUCCUCCUCCCGAACACCAACUCUUUCUGCUACGAGAACGAGCUUGCCUUCAUGAGCCGUGAUGAGGAGGAAGAGGAGGAGGAGGAUGACGACAGCAGAGGUUUGGACGAUCCAGGCUCAGACAACCAGCCUGAAUUUGAGACGCUGCAGGCCACUGUAGCUCUGGAUCAAAGAUCCUACAGAAGGGAGUCAGAAAUAUGACCCAGGACCCCUGUAACUGGUUUUGAGGGUGUCUCUCUCCCCCACCCCCGGUCUCUUUCCCUCCUCAACGGAGCCCAACUCAGAUUAUGCAGAACAAUGCAAGUGCCAUAGGAAUGCCUGAGAGCCAGAAUGGUUUUUAGGGUGUUGUUUUUAAUCGCAAUAACCACUGAAUGGCAUGGUCUGAGAAACCAUAGCCAGCCUCAAAGUGUUGUGAACAUCCAGUGUUAACAAAGCUGUUAAGAGAACAUAUUGAAGGAGAGAGUCAACAUGGCGGCACCACAAGUUUAGAAACCCAACCAUUGUGAGUUUGAGGCUCUGUGCAAGAGGAAUACCAUCGCAUCCAGAGUGAUAUGAUCUAGAGCUCAUCCCUCUUGUCCUGCAACUUUAUCCCAGGGACAACUGUUCUUUAGCAAUCAGUUGGAGCAGAGGGCAAUUCAGGUUUUCUACGGAUUGCUGUUUGCUGUGGUUUAAAGCUGAAGUGUGGGCUUUCCCUGGGAAAGGUGUGGGGCAAGGGGGGAAAUGCACAGACCCAUGGCUGGGAAGCAUGGGUCAAGCAGAAAACUGCUUGGAGCCUUGCUUUCUAAGCACAGGACAAGUGGAAAUGUGGGCAAGCCCCUUGUCUCUAUGUUCCCGGUUGAAAAUGAGGGUAUUUUUUUUUAAAAAAAGCUAAGCACUAUACAAUUUCAAACGGAGAAAAUAUCAGGAAGCAAAAUCAUGUUGUUGUUUUUCAAAAUAUGAAUGAACAAAUUAUAUUAUAUUUAAUAUCUGUAAUAUAUACAUGUACUGCCUGGAGAUGUAAUUCUGUUGCACUAGAUCAGCACUUGGAAGUCCUACAGCUCAUAGCACACCUUUAUUGUUGAGGGUAAGCAAGGGAGGUUGUUUUUAAUCUUUUUGUUUGACUUCCCACAUACAAAACUACUUACCAAAAAAACUUUAUUUUUUAAACAAUAAAAGCGAUUGCUUUUUAGAAGGGAACGAAGUGGUUGAAGUCCCAAGCUGACAAAAGCAACAAAGCUCUAUUCUCUCUCUCUCUCUCUCUCUCUCUCUCUCUCUCUCUCUCUCUCUCUCUCUCU